GCCGCUGGGAGGAGAAGGGGAUGAGAGUCAGUCAAUGAGCCCCUCCCACCUCCUGUAUAAAGGGCUCCCAGUCCGGUGUGUCGCUAUUAGCAGAGUGACACAGCUGCCUUCCGGCACCAGUGGCAAUAGUCCCCAAACCUGUGGAAUACUCGUCAGUAUAUCCGAGCAGAAAACGAAGAGCUUUGUCGCCCGAGAGAGAAUUUACAGGAGGAAAAAAUGAAACUCAUCUGGCAGGCCAUCCUCUAUUGCUGCCUGGUGGCCACAGCGGCGCACUGUGCGGAACUUGAAGUGAAUCCCAAGUUAAAAAAGAGGCUCAGCAUAUUUAGGCUCGGGAGCAGACUCAGGCGGGAUCCGGACAGCGAGACUGCAAACUCUGAGCGCUUUGUCCGGCGAGAGGUCACCAGGGAUACCUCGCUGCCACAUUCCAGCACCGAGACCGGCGUGCGAACCAAGAGGUCCAAAAAUUCUGCCAAUCAGCCACGAAGACAGGGCUGCUCUCUGGGGACCUGCUCGGUGCACGACCUGGCGCACCGCCUGCACAUUCUCAACAACAAGCUGAAGACUUGCAACGCCCCCACCUCCAAGCUCAGCCCGCACGGAUACGGCCGCAGACGCCGCGCCCUGCCAGACCGUAGACUCGCGCUGAGGCCGGAGCAAGGCCAGCUCAGGCCCGUGUGGAGCGCCGCUGACUCCCAGGUCCGUAAGCUGGAGGCUCUGCUCAGGCAGACAUGAACGGGACUUUGCAAGAAGCAAGGACAAAAGCCAAGGGAGUCUCAGCGUUUGGGUACUCUCCGCUCCGUUCUCAAAUUCUCCGAACGCCUCUCAGAUUUACCGAGUCUUCUCCAGGUCCGGGGACCAAGUCAGAGCAAAGUCCGGCCGGCUGCACUGAGUUUUCUUAAAGGGCCGAGCCUCGCCGCUCGGCGAUGCGGAGCGAGCGAACAACCGCGAGCACUGGACAGAACGGCGCGGAGCCACCGCGGGUGCCGCUCGCUCUCUGCUCGGCAGGGCGGCACCCAAAGACUUGAGCGCACAUCCUCUGGUGUCGAAGAGCGAGCGCUCACCAUUCCUCCUCUGCUUUGAUAAGUGCUAAGCUGAAAAGCUGGGAGCGCUUUUCCAUUCGGACUCGAACGAGUGAUCGGGAGGAGACGAUGUGCAUCGCGAUGCCACAACAGGGGACGGACGCUCCGCUCUCGGCCUGCCUGCGGCCCGUUUUGGGCACCGUAUCGAGGAAUAGAAAUGCCUUCGAUUCUGUGAGUUAUGUGCCAGUCCACAAUGGAUGGAAAUAUACUUGAAGUUGUUAUUUGUACAAAAACACGUGCAAUCGAGAGUUUUGUUCUAUUUGAAAUACUGUAUAUGUAUAUAUGAAUGCCUCUAUUUAAUAUGAUAUGAUAUAGAAGUUACAUUUCAGUACUCAUAAAACUAUUUUUGUACAGAAAUUAAUAUACGGUAUAUGGGCAUUGUAUUUGUCAUUAUUCCUUUGCAGACUGUGGUCAUAUGAUUUUAUGUGCUAUAUUAUAGAUUUGCAAAUGUCUUCUAUUUUCUUUGUGUUCAAGCAAUAAUAUUGUCAUGUAAUAAACAUUUUGCAAGCAAAA